UCAGAUAAAUGGAUAAAAUGUCAAAACAAUUUACAAAUCAAUCAAUCAAUCUCACUUCAAAUCACCAUCAGGAUAUAAUUUCUGAUAGCUUGUUUGAGUUCUGGGUUCCAGGAGUACUCCUCAAUAUUGUUGGAAUACUAGGAUUGAUUGGAAACUUCAUCACAAUCAUAAUAUUGUCCAGGCCCUCCAUGAAGAGUUCUCUCAAUUUUAUUCUGCUGGGACUAGCAAGCUUCGAUACCGUUCUUAUUUUUACUUCAGUACUCAUGUUCGGUAUUCCAGGCAUACAGACCUUAGAGGUUAUUAACAGGAAUAAGGGAAUGUUCUCUUCAUUUGUAGAGGAUGAUUACCCAAUAAUCAUGCCAUACAUUUACCCGGCUGUUUGUCAUCCAUUGAAGGCCAAAGUGAUCUGCACCUAUAGAAGAUCCAAGAUUGCUGUAGCUAUCAUUGCUCUGGUCUCUAUACUUUAUAAUAUGCCCAGAUAUUGGGAGGUCACCAGUCAAAAAAUCAAGGCAGAGGAUAAAUAUAGGUUAAGAUCUACAUAA